AUGUAUAGAAAAUAUUUUGAUCCAUUGGAUUAUAAUCUAUCGGCUGAUUUUCGUUUAACGAAAUUAUCCGAUCUUAAAGGUCGAGGAUGUAAAGUUCCUCGAGAAGUACUCCAUCGGUUGCUCGAAGGACUUCAAACAGCCGAUAAAAACGGCUAUGGCGAUGGACAACAUCACCAAGGAAUCUUACCCGAAUCCAAACCAACACCGGUGGUGGGCAUUGGUCUCGAUUCAUGUGUUAUACCAAUACGUCAUGGAGGACUUUUUCUAGUACAAUCUACUGCUUUUUUCUAUCCCCUAGUCGAUGAUCCAUUUGUAAUGGGUAAAAUUGCGUGUGCUAAUGUAUUAAGCGAUGUUUAUGCAAUGGGAGCUGUUGAAGUUGAUAAUAUGUUAAUGUUAUUAAGUACAAGUAAUAAAAUGACUGACAAAGAACGUGAUGCAAUUAUGCCGUUGAUUCUUCAAGGAUUUAAAGAAUGCGCUGAAGAAGCAGGCACAAGUGUACAAGGUGGCCAAACGGUUAUUAAUCCUUGGUUAAUUGUUGGUGGCGUUGCCACUGCUGUAUGCACACAGAAUGAAAUAAUCAUUCCAGAGAAUGCAAUUGUUGGCGAUGUAUUAGUAUUAACUAAACCGUUAGGCACACAGGUUGCUGUAAAUGCUCAUCAAUGGCUUGAAAAUCCUGAUCGAUGGAAUCGUAUUAAAUCAGUCAUAAGCGAAGACGACGUUCGCAAAGCAUAUCAACGUGCAAUGAACUCAAUGGCUAGAUUAAAUAAAAUUGGCGCAUUACUCAUGCAUAAAUAUAAUGCACAUGCCUGUACAGAUGUAACUGGUUUCGGUUUACUUGGUCAUGCUCAAAAUUUAGCUAAACAUCAAAAACAUGAUGUUUCAUUUGUCAUCCAUAAUUUGCCGAUAAUCGCUAAAAUGGCAACCAUAAGCAAAGCUUGUGGCAAUGCAUUUGGUUUAUUGCAAGGUACAAGUGCUGAAACAUCGGGGGGUUUACUUGUCGUAUUACCACGUGAACAAGCAGCAGCCUAUUGUAAAGAUAUUCAAGCACAAGAAGGUUAUCAAGCAUGGAUUAUUGGUGUGGUAGAAAAAGGUGGUCGAACAGCAAAGAUAAUCGAUAAACCAAGAAUUAUUGAAGUACCAGCAAAAGAUACCGAAGGCGAACUUUGGUAG